UUGGACGUGGUAGAUUUGAAAGUGUGUUAUAAACAGACAGACUGACGUUGUUGUUUUUUUUUUUUUAGCUGGGAAGUGUAAUUAUUUCAUGUGAAACUACAUUUGAUAAAAAGCUAACGUAUCGACGGUGACGUUAGCUACAUUCUUUGCAGCGAUGUUGGAGGAGGAACAUACAGACAGACAGCACCAACUUGCCAUGUUGUGUCAGAAGCUCGACCGAAUUAAAACAAGAUGUCUAAUCGAAGAUGACACUGAUAAUAUCAACCAGGCCAUUGGCUCCAAUUCGCCUGAAACGUGUCUCGCAUAUCUGAUGGUCUUGGAGAAGAAAGGAGACCCUCACUUGGAUGCUAGUCAUCUCACAAAGCUUACAGACUUCUAUACCCGUGUAUUCUCAACUAUGCCACUGGGAAAACACUGCCAAAAUGAGAGCUAUGCCAAAAUGCUGGUCAGAUUUGCAGAGCUGAAUGUAAUUCAAGACCCCAGUGGGGCGGAGGGCAACUUCAAUGUUGCGACUACACACUGCCAGGAUUUCGCUUUUGUCCACAUUGCACACGCUCAGUUUGAACUGUCUCAGGGCAACACGAAAAAAAGUACUUGGAUACUUCAGAGGGCAAUUGAACUGAAUGCCAAACCCAAUGACCUGCUGGAGGCUGCUGUGCAGAACUUGACACUGGGCAAAGCAGAACUUCUUUCCUCUGAGGAUAAGGAAAAUGUACCAGUCUCAACUUAUAAAAAUAGCAAAGAAUUUCUCAAAGUCUCCAGAAACUCCGACGGUACAGGCGACUUGCAGCUCUCCAGUAUAUUUUCUUCAGGAACAAUGGAACCACGGAAUGGACCCCUAGAGGACCAGGCUCCAGCUUGGAGUUCUGGGUCUCAACGAAAGAGAGCCGUUGGCAUGCCAGGGAGAGUGCCUGUAGUCCAUCGCUCUAUCUAUGAAAUGGAUGAUGAUGACAGUGAUGGAAGACAGGUGAAGAGGAGGGAGGCUCUCAUCCCAAGUAGCUUGUCCAGGCAAACAUCUGGUUCAAGUGCCAUGUUUACCUUGUCCUCAGCCCAAAAGCGUGUUGAAGAUGGGGACUUCCUCAAUCUAAAGACACCGAUCAUUAGCCCUGAGCCACGCCCAUGGGAGGACAUGGGAAUGGUAGACUCCACCACGACACUGCUGCACAGGCAAGACGGGAGAGAUGCCACUAGGGUGGAAGAUACCACUGACAAUAUAAACCAGAUAAUCGGUUCCAACUCCCCUGAGGCUUGCCGGCUCUAUCUGACUAAGCUGGAGAAGAGGGGCAAUCCUCAGACGGACACCAACCUUCUCCUAAAGCUGAAGGACUGCUAUUCCAGAGUCUUCUCCAGACUGCCAUUGGGAAUGUACAGCAAAAACGAAAGCUAUGCCAAGAUGCUGGUCCGAUUUGCCGAACUCAAAGGUAUUGAUGACCCAGAUGAUGCUCGGGACAACUUCAUCGUUGUGAGAUCCAACUGCAAAGGCUUUGCCUUUGUGCACAUAGCACAUGCUCAGUUUGAGGUGGCUCAAGGUCAGGUCAAGAAAGGCACCUCAAUACUACAGAAAGCCCUUCAGGUGAACGCAAAGCCCACUGAACUAAUUGAGACGGCAAUGCAGAAGCUAAAAGCCGGGAAUUACCAGUUUCUCCCCGCAGAAGACCGAGAGAGUGUCCCAGAGCCACAGUCCCACGGGUCAUUGAGUCUGUCAAACUAUGGUAGAGAUAGGGAGCCGGAGAUUCCCGCCCGUUUACCUCUGAGCCAGACACAGCCCAAACCCUCUAGCAUGGAGCUGUCUUCAGGGUGGAAAAUGCCAGCCCGUGUCAGCCGAGUCGUGUCUCCAGAGGAGAAGCACACCCCUCCUGAUCUCAGGCCCAUUCCACGUCUGGUGGACUCUCUGCCCACCCCAUCCCUCCCUCUCCCGUCCAGACUCAACCCACCCGUCGCCUGCCAGACGCCCAACUACAAAGACCCCAGGGCCAACUGUUACGUUACCCCCGUGGUCAAGAGGAACCCCCCGUUUGCGGCCCCUCUCUCAGCAGCCCAUAAAGCCGGCCCUGCCCAGCAGCAGCCGUGCACCCCCCUCAGCCAGGUGUCCUAUGCCCAACAGACCCACCAGGGUUCCACCACUGCUCUCUCAAACGAGUCCAUCGUGAUAAAAGGCAAACAGUUCCUCGUCCUGAAAAUGAUUGGCCGAGGUGGAUCCAGUAAGGUGUACCAGGUUCUGGACCAACGGAAUCAGCUGUUUGCUGUGAAGUAUGUGAACCUGGAGGAGGCUGAUCCCCAGACAGUGGAGAGCUACAAGAAUGAGAUCGAGCAUCUCAAUCACCUUCAGCAGUACAGUGAUCAGAUCAUCAAGCUGUAUGAUUAUGAAAUAACCAACAGCUACAUCUACAUGCUAAUGGAAUGUGGUAACCUGGACCUCAACACCUGGCUACGGAACCGUAAAACUGUCAACCCGCUGGAGAGGAAGUUCUACUGGAAGAAUAUGCUGGAGGCAGUCCAGACCAUCCACAAACAUGGUAUUGUCCAUAGUGACUUGAAGCCUGCCAAUUUUGUGAUUGUGAAUGCCUCGCUGAAAUUGAUCGACUUUGGCAUUGCAAACCGCAUCCAGCCUGAUGUGACAAGCAUUAUGAAAGAUUCUCAGGUGGGGACCUUGAACUACAUGCCCCCCGAAGCCAUCAAAGACACUUCAUCCCAGCCAGGGAAGGCACGCUUUAAGAUUAGUACUAAAGGUGAUGUGUGGUCCCUUGGUUGCAUCAUGUACUGCAUGACCUAUGGGAAGACUCCAUUCCAGACCAUCACCAACCAGAUCACCAAGCUACACGCCAUCAUUGACCCGACCCAUGAGAUAGAGUUCCCUGACAUUGCAGAGAAGGAUCUGCUAGAUGUGUUGAAGAGGUGCUUGGUACGAAACCCAAGAGAGCGGAUUUCCAUCGCGGAGCUGCUGGAGCAUUCAUACCUGAAGCUUCAGUCUCAGCAGCAGUCACCUGUGCCAGCACCUCCUGACAAUAACGAUCUGAAGAGGAUCCUCAAUGAGCUCGCUGCCUUAAAGUCUCCCAACAGCAUUGCCAGGGCAACUAAUAACUUGGCGAAAAUGUGCAACAGUGGUCGAAAACUGGAUGCUGCAGGGUGUGUGAAGUCAUCCAGCCUGCUCAACUGGAAGAUGUGAUCUGGCCAUGUAGAUGCUCCACUGAUUUAUAGCCUAAGUCGUGCUUUACCCAUGCUUCAGCACAACCCGAAAAAUACAUCCUGCUUGGCAGUACACUGGCCUUGUUUGAAUACUUUGAAAAUGUAUCCUUCCUUCCCCUUGAAGUAAUCACUGAUCUGAAAUGUCUGGAUUGGUAAAAGCUUUGAAGUGGAACCUUUACUUUUAUUUUAUCCAAGUAUGUCAGUAUGACACAGAGGAUGAGAGGAAAGAAGGAAGCUUUUUAAGCCGGGUCCAUAUCUGCCCUACAGCGCUCUACCACCUCCAUGUUUUAUGUCCUCAUGACUUCCCCUUACUUGCAUCUUGACAGAUACGAAUCUAAACUUUUUUCUUUCUUUUUUUAGACUGACAUUUUUUGUGUUUCUUUACUUUACACAUUUUACUGUACUCUCAAACAUGUAACUGCAAAAAAUGUUCAACAAAUAAACUAGCUAACUGAUGUUUGUUUA